CUAUUCCGUGUUCGAUCAGUGUUAUUUCAUUCGUUGCUCAUCCACGAACGACUCGUGUCUCGAUUUCCGUAAAGUGAAGGGACAAACACGAAAAUCAAAGAGAACUACUUCGCUGUAUGGACACCUAACAAGAAGAAAAUCGUCCAUUUCAUGACGAAGUUGGCUGGGCUGCAAAUGGACCAUAUCCCUGUCCAUACUAACUUAUGUUCCCUUCAUGGCGGCCCAGUUCUAUCCAAAAUUCUACACCAUGAUACCGGCUGGCCUGAUGGUGGGAAUCGGCGGCGGUCCGCUUUGGUGCGCUAAAUGCACUUAUUUAACAGUCGUCGCAGAUGCAUACGCUUCGCUCACAGACAUCGCCGCGGACGUACUGGUCACGAGGUUCUUCGGUGUGUUUUUCAUGUUCUACCAGAUGGCACAAGUCUGGGGAAAUCUUAUAUCUUCAGCAGUUCUUUCGUAUGGAAUAGAAGCUAUACCAACGAACAGCAGCGUAUUGAACAGCACCGUUGUAGCGGAAGCUUGCGGUGCCAACUUCUGCGGUGCGACGUCCGACGCCAGUGACAGCCCGAAAUUAGAACGACCUCCAGACGAAAGGAUCUACCUAAUUUCCGGCAUCUACCUGUGCUGCAUGAUAGUGGCCUCUUUAAUCGUCGCGUUCGGGGUUGAUUCUCUUACGAGGUACGAUAGAGGUAGGUCAGGAUCAGCAACCGGACAAUCAGGAUGCAAGUUACUAGCUGUAACGCUGAACUUAUUAAAAGAAAAAAAUCAAAUUCUUAUUCUGCCCAUGAUCAUGUUCAUCGGAGCAGAGCAAGCAUUUUUAUUUGCUGAUUAUAACGCAUCCUUCGUCUCCUGUGCGUGGGGAAUCAGUAACAUCGGUUACGUGAUGAUUUGUUUCGGUGUCACGAACGCUAUAGCCGCGUUAGGCACCGGAUCCAUCAUGAAACUGACAGGGAGAAGAGUUCUAAUGACAGUCGCUUUUCUUCUUCACUUAGCAAUUUUAAUCUUCCUGUUGCGUUGGAAACCUACACCCGAACAAAGUUCAAUAUUUUUUCUUAUGUCCGGAUUAUGGGGCCUCUGCGACGCUAUGUGGUUGGUACAAGUGAACGCUCUGUCGGGAUUAUUAUUCCCCGGCAAAGAGGAAGCUGCAUUCUCGAACUUCCGACUAUGGGAGUCAACGGGAUCCGUGAUUACGUAUGCCUACAGUCCUUACCUAUGCACGCAGACAAAACUUUAUUGUCUGAUUGGAAUCAUGUGCCUCGGCAUUGUCGGUUACGGUGUAAUUGAGUAUACUCAGAAGAUUGAAAGAUCGGAUCCAGAAUCAAAACCAGACUUUGAAUUGGUAGCAAACGGCGAAACAAAUGACACGACGAAACUAUAAGUCGUACGCGAAAAUAGGCCUAUUAAAGACAAAAAUACUGAACCGUAUUAUUUAGUACGAUCAAGUAUGAUAAAUACUGUACUCAUUAUUUUCAAAUUUACUUUGCGUUCUUCGCGGCGCACAAAAAAGUUCGAACUCGUAGAUUUUUAUUUAACGACACUUUAUGUUAUACAAUUAAAAGGAAAGAGGGUGAUGAAUCAAGAGAAAAGUAAAAUAUUACGACUUGAUGAUAUGUCGGAUUAUUCAAAAACGCUCGACGUAGGAUUUUCGUGUAAAAUAAUGUUAUAAUUAUGGCAUACAUUUAAUGUAUUAUAUAUAUAUAUAUAUAUGUAUAUAUAUAGAAAAUCAUACACAAAUCAGGUCGGCAUAUAAUAUAUAAAAAAUUAUAUGUACAAGAAAAAAUAUCGAUUGGAGGCGCAGUCAGGACCUUGAAGGUACGAUCUUUGUGUGAUUUGUACCACAAUAUAUGUUUUUAUUUUAUUCUUGUGGACACCUACUAGAUUUUACACAGAUAGUUCGCUUAACCACUAAAGAUUCUUUUCUCCGUUUCUCUCGUCGUGGUUGCCAUGUUUUUUUGCUUCGUUUUCAUCUUUAAAUACGUAGUUUAAUGUUACAUCGUGUGUGUCUAGGUGCUAACAUUCAAGCUAUAGCUACGACUGCUUAAUUUAAUUGUAUACUUAAUGUGCUUAAUUUCCUUUUCACUGUACGCGCGUGUCUCAUGUGUAUAUGUGUAUGUAACGUAUUACGUGUCUGUAAAUGCGAACUGCACGUAUCGUUAUACGCCUGUAUGUCUGUACGUGUGCUUAUGUAUGUUAACGCGUUUUCAUUUCCCACAGCGUGUUCUUAUUGUGCUACCACGAUCAAUUGUCUCCCGUCGAUUAACUUUCAAACACGAUGAUAUAUUACAAGAUUAUUUUCCGCUCAACUGAUGGUGGAUCGAAUCUGAUCGGGAAUUCAUUCUCUCUUCUGGUACGAAUAAUUAAGCCAAUUGCGACGUGGAAUCAAUUGAUCUUGCAUCCCUCGUCUCUCAUUAGCGGCGUUCAAUUGCUGAUUGUUAAUUGUGAAUCGUGUGCUAGCUUAACCCUCACUUAUGUACAAUUCAAGUUUUGCAGUUCAGUUAUAUACUUUAUAAAACGUAGUAGGAACUUUGGUUUCGCUGGGCAAUGUUUCAAGAGCAGUUUCCUCUUUCGUUCGCACGAACUUUUGUUCUUCUUUUGUUCCUCAACCUAUUCACCCUCUCAAUUCGUCUUUGACAAUCUAAUGCUUUCGCCUUGGUGUUCUAAUUUUACAACGAGACAUCAUUAAUUCUAUUUGUUCAGCUGUGAUUAGCGUAUAUUUUGUAUAAUUUUCUCUUUACCUCACGUUUUUUGGUUCAGCCUGAAAGUAAAAAUUCGGACGGAAACUGCUAUAAAACAUUCGCCCGUGGAUCUAUCUUCCUUAGACAUAUGACACUCACGAAUACAGUUCACGUAUUUUUUUUCUUUUAAUACUCAUGUUUAUAAUUCCGUAGUGACCUAUUGAAUAUAUCAAUUUUUUUUUACGAAGAAAAUACACAUGAUUCGUAAACUU